GGUUUGGAGGCCAGGUGCUUUGCAUGCACUCGAAAAAACUCGUGGAGAAUUAUUAUUUGACACCGAGGUACGAGCGGGUCUUGCACGAAAUAUUUACCUAACCUUGCCUAGAAGGAAAGUGUCAAAUUACACUAUAAGCAAAGAGUACUGUGUAAUGGUUAUGCGUUUAUAACCCGAUUGAAACCGGGUCCGUCUGCUUGUUGCUCAUAUAAGUUGGUUUCAUUGAAAUGACGUGUAGAAUUACCUCCCAUGUAUUAAUGAUCUCAGUAAACUAUUUCAUGGAUCCGUUUCGUCUUCAUUUCUAGAAAUGAAUUUUGGCGAUUCUCAGAUUCUUUACAGAUUUUAUUGUUUCGUAUUCUUUGGACAAAACAGUAAUUCUGAAGGUAAACUAAAGGUAUCUACAAGGUAGCCGAACAGUGUGGCCUUAAUCCUUCACCAGCUACUCAACGCCAAAUGACAGACUCAUCAGACAGAUGUUUCAUUAACAUAAAGCGCCCAGUAUAUAAGACAGAUGAAUUCAUUAAAACAUUUCAAAAAGAGAUUACACCACCUAGGUGGCAUGCUAGGUUGGGUCUCUACCUCAGGAAUAAAAUGAAGUGCAGUAAAAGGGAUCUUUUGGGGAUGUUCCCUAUCAUUAAUGUCAUUCAAACUUACCAACUAAAAGCGUUCAUCCUUGGUGAUUUCAUUUCGGGAAUUACUGUUGGCUUCAUGCAGUUACCUCAAGGUAUGGCAUAUGCAAUGCUCUCAAAUCUUCCACCAGUCAUUGGACUCUACAUGGGCUUUUUCCCUGUUAUUUUAUAUGCUAUCCUUGGAACAUCCAAACAUCUUUCUAUGGGUACCAUUGUUGUUGUUAGUUUGUUGAUUGGUUCCCUAAUAAAUGACCGGUUCAGCCUUCAUGAAGAUUCUGUCAUAUCUAUGGGCCCACGACUAUUUAAUGUCUCCACUUCAGAGAUCUUUCCAGAAAAUAUUACAAUCUCUCCAGAGAAGAUAUCCCAAGUUGGGAUUGAGAAGAUAAAAUUUGCUAUGGCUGUGACUUUAAUUAGUGGUAUAACUCAGUUAUUAAUGGGUAUUUUAAACAUGGGUAUUAUUGUUCGACUGAUGUCCGACUCUCUUGUAAGUGGAUUUUCUUGUGGUGUUGCUAUAUAUAUAAUUAGCAGUCAAUUGAAGUACAUCUUAGGACUAACAGUGCAACGUUACACUGGAGUGCUUAGUGUACCAAUGACAAUUGUGGCAGUUGCGAAACUUCUCCCAAAAUGUAACUACCCAGAACUUCUAUUAUCAAUUGUUGUCAUGGUGAUCAUCUACUUAGUCAAGGUGUACAUCAAUGAAAAAUUUAAAACUCGGUUAUUAAUACCAGUCCCUAUUGAUUUAAUCAUGGUGAUUUUUUCAACAGUUGUCUCAUAUUAUUUGAAACUCCAUGAGAAAAAUAACUUUGUUGUUAUUGGAGAUAUUCCAUCUGGGUUGCCUAUGCCAGUUCUGCCUGACAUCUCUUACGCUGCAGAUUACAUUUCUCAGAGUAUCAUAAUUGGUCUUGUAGCCUUUGCUCAGUCAAUAUCUGUUGCUGUUAUAAUUGCACGGAAAGAAGGCUAUGACAUAAAUGCUAAUAAGGAGUUAAUUGCAUAUGGGGCUGUCAACAUCAUAUGUCCUAUAUUUAAUUGCUUCACUGCAGCUGGUGCACUUUCCCGUACAACUGUACAGUUUUCCAGUGGGGGUAAGUCUCAGAUUGCCAGUCUGUUUGGAAGUUUUUUUGUCUUGCUCAUGAUUCUAGCUGCUGGACCCCUUCUGAGGCCUCUUCCAAAUUGUGUCCUGUCCGCUAUCAUCCUGGUAUCCCUGAAGUCAAUGUUGAAAGAGAUCUGUACAUUAAAACGAUUAUGGCGUGUCAGCCCCUGUGACUGUUUUAUAUGGAUUGGUACAUUUCUAGCAAUUAUUCUCACCACCAUAGAAUUAGGUUUAAUUAUUGGUAUUGGAAUUGGAGCUGCUACUGUUCUCAUCCGAACACAAAUGGUGCGACCUAUCAAAUUAGGUACAAUUGAGAGGACUGAAAUAUUUCGAGAUAGAACCAAGUACCAAGUGACAACACCGCAGACUCCUGUGAUCAUUUUAUCUUACCCUUCACCAUUAUAUUAUGCCAAUGUUGAGGUUUUCCAAACCAAAGUUAAAGAGAAAUUUGCUGAAUUUAAUAAAUUAUCAAAGAAUAAGUCUGCAGAUAACAAUAUAAGCACUAACUCCACAUGUAAGGAAUUAGAGCAAUACUAUGUAAUCAUUGACUGUUCUGCUAUUUCCUUCAUUGAUGCAAUGGGAGCCAAAGCCUUCAAACAGCUCUUUCUGGAUGCCAAACAAGAAAGUGUCUCCUGUUUAUUUUCAUGUGUAAAUGACUCUGUAUUAUCUGUGUUGAAAGCUUCUGAUGUGUUUGAGACUUUACAGAAUUCCCUCUAUGUGACAACAUACGAUGCCCUGAUGGCAAUUGAACUACAAGAUGAGGAUGUAUAGAAGCUCAUUUUUCGUAACAGCAAUGCGUCUGCGAUUUGGAAGUUUUUUCUUUGAAGACCUCUACUCAUAAAUCUAAGGAAUACAACUGUUCUCUCCAUCUAAUGACAAACCAAGAGCUAGAGGACAUAUUCACAUUUAUUAACCGUGAAACCAAUACACAAUGCUUGAAUCACAAAGGAAGAAUAUUUCAUCAAACUUAAAUUUUAGAAAUAUAUAUACAGAAGAUAUUUUCUUAUUAUCUAAUCCAAGCACAUAUAUAUGUUCUUUUCUUAAUGCAUGAUGCAUAUUAUUAUCUUUAAAAAAUACAUAUUAUUCAGGUACAUGCCACAAGUGGAAACUCAGGACAGACUGCAAGCCAUUAAUAAAGUAAAUUGUCAACAAAAGCCUCACAAUCUGAAAAAAAUAUUGACAAAAAAUAUUUACUUACAUUAUAUAUUAAGUGUGUAUAUGUAUGUAUGUAUGU